UUGUGCGAAGGCAGAGAUAAUUAAAAAUUUUGUUUUUGUAUGGCCCGACGGCUGCGUUGGCCGCUAUUUUUAUCCGUUCGUUUUUAGUAAAUUUAUCCCCUUCUUUCCCUCACUCCUCUCUUUAUAUUCUCCGCUCCCUUUCUGUCAGCUUCUUCUUCUAGAUCUCCUUCCCUUUUAUCUACCCAUUAUCCUCUCCUUCUGACGCUGGCCGGAUAAAAAUACUAUUUUUAGAAAAUGGAGGCUACUGGGGGCUAAGUAUACUCAGAGUUCUAUGGCCUUUGAUAUUGGGGUCAUGUUUGGGGAAGAGAACAAGUUCAACAACAACGAUCAAGCGCUCAGUUUCUGCAGAUCAAUUGGGAGAAUUCAUUCUAAGAACAGCCACUCUGGAAUGGCAUUUCGAACAGUGUGGGCAAUUUCCAAAACAUCACUAACAUUCGCACCCCAAGCAUUGGCAUCCUUCAGGCCUUUGUCUCUUAAAAUCCCCAUAAGUGAUGGAUAUCAUGAAUCCCUGUGUUUGAAUUACUGUCAUUUAUAAUACACCCAACACUUCAUUUCCAGUAGUCAAAGAGGAACAUUUGGUUGGGACACAAGGGAUUUGUGCAUAUAUUGAAAAUUAUUUUAACAGGGAAGUUGAGCAAUGCCUGACCUUUGUGUCAGUAAACAGUUUGCUGAGUCUGAGAUGGAUCUCAGCACUGCAAUGCAAAAUAAUUUUGCAACCCAUCUGAAAGUUUCCUCUCGGCUUAUUAUACAAUCACCACAGGAUGUGUACUGCCCUUUAUUACCUGGAUUACCUGAUGAUGUGGCAAAGUAUUGCCUUGCACUUGUUCCACGUUAUUACUUCCCUGUCAUGGGUGCUGUCUGCAAGAGAUGGAUGGGAUUUAUCCAAAGCAAGGAGUUCAUCAUUGUAAGGAAAGAGGCUAGAAGGCUUGAGGAAUGGCUCUAUGUCUUAACUGGUGAUGCAGAGGGAAAAGGGUGUCAUUGGGAGGUUUUAGGCUGCUUUGGGGAAAAACACCAGCUGCUGCCACCAAUGCCUGGUCCUGUAAAAGCUGGUUUUGGAGUUGUGGUUCUUGAUGGCAAGCUUUUUGUAUUAGCUGGAUAUUCAGUUGAUGCUGGAACAGGGUGUGCUUCAGAUGAUGUCUAUCAAUAUGAUUCUCGGCUUAACAGAUGGAGCAUGCUAGCCAAGAUGAAUGUUGCUCGCUAUGACUUUGCCUGUGCUGAGGUCAAUGGUGUAAUAUAUGCUGUAGGUGGCUAUGGAUCUAAUGGUGAGAGCUUAUCAAGUGCUGAAAUGUAUGACCCUGAUAAAAACAAGUGGACCUUAAUUGAAAGCCUUCGCUGCCCGAGGUGGGGCUGCUUUGCCUGCAGCUUUGAAGGCAAGCUCUAUGUCAUGGGUGGACGUUCAAGCUUCACAAUAGGCAAUUCGAGGUUUGUGGAUGUGUACAGCCCUGAACAGCACACUUGGUGUGAGAUGAAGAAUGGGUGUGUGAUGGUCACUGCACAUGCUGUGCUUGACAAGAAACUAUUCUGUAUGGAGUGGAAGAACCAGCGCAAGCUGGCGAUAUUUAAUCCGGUCGACAACUCAUGGCACAAGGUCCCAGUGCCACUUACUGGGAGUUCAGCCAUAGGGUUUCGCUUUGGGAUACUUGAUGGCAAACUGUUGCUUUUUUCGCUGGAGGAAGACCCCGGGUACCAAACACUGCUGUAUGAUCCAGAUGCUCCAGUGGGAUCGGAAUGGCAAACAUCUUCACUCAAGCCUUCUGGUUUGUGUUUGUGCAGUGUGACAAUUAAGGCUUGAAGUCUUUUGAAGAUUCAAUGGAUAAGCUGUUGUUUUUUAGUGUGCUUCUGCUUAAGGUGUUGUCAGAUGUCCUGUUCUCUUUCUUUUUAGGUUGCAAAUGAGACUAGACUUGUUUACCUUCCUGUGUUAUGUGCGAUGUGUGAAGUGCUAAUGUGGUUUCCAUUUAAGUCAUGAUUACCUUGAUUUGAUAAUAUAUUGGUUGCAAUUAUUUUUCUAUA